AUCCAAAAUGGCAAGCUAGGAGAAUAAGUCGAAGGUCGAAAACAUCAGGCUCACCCAACUUACAUGCGAUUUCCACUCCACUCGACAAUAACGCGAAGAGCUACCAAGUGAAGAGGUUAGAUCCUGGGACUCUUUGAAAGGGUGGAGGAGGCCGUGGGUUACCAGAGAUGCGAAGAUGGCAUAAUCAUCGGCACCAAGAUGUCCACCUUUCCUAAGCCGUGCCCAUACUCUGGUCACAACCAACACAGGGCAUAGUACUCCGAAGAUGGCAAUAGGGAUAUAUAGCAUGUGCGCAUUGCUUGCUUCCGAGUCCAAGCUAUCUGUCGCCAUGUUGGAUGAUGGUUGUUGGAAUUGCGUAUGGGGUUGUCAGAAUUCGUCAGGGGGUCGGGGUCAAGUUAAGGAUCGUCGGGAGCUCCAAGUUAUAUGGGGGCACUCUUUCCUGGAAGGAGAAGCAGCGAGAGCCUCCUGUACCUCAGAUAACCAGCUAUGCGUUGAAGGCAGGGGAUCGGGGGCAGUCGACCAGCGUGAACCGGCUCACAAAGACGACAUUCGGGGUGAUAUACAACCCAGAGACGGUCUCACCACUGCGAAGCCUGGGUCGAAAAUUAGGGCAGGUCGUACUGUGGCCCUCUACCUUUGACGAACCCGUACAGAGCGGCGUGUGCGUGUACUUUUCUUCUCGACGACACUCCCACGACGUUUGCUUCGCUGAGGACUUGAUGGAGGGGGGUGUUUCCAAGCAAGCCCAUCCUUGUCGUCAUUCGGAAAUCAGCCGCAGUGGUUCGAGCAUGCGAGUGGGAGGUUAGCAUAAUGAGCAGGCGAAUCGAUCAGGGGGACGAGACGGAAUCCGCUCAUUCAGGGGUCGUGAUGCAAGCUUUACUCCUCUGCGGAGACGGGGAGAGUGGCCUCGAUAGACCGGCCCACGCC